UCUAAGGCAGACUCAUUAGUCGCUCAACAUCCAACCGUGUCUCAAUUUUCGGUCACAUUUCAUCACUCGUGCAAUUCACUCCCUCUGUUCUAUUUUUUCUCCGUCUUUUCCACACUAGAUGAUCAAUACUGUCUCACUAUAGCCUCUUUUAUCUUUCCUUUAAUUUUGCAUUUCCGAUCCAAAAAAGUGAUCUCGAUGAAACAAAAUUUAACACAAUCUUUUCUGACUUUUGAACAAAAAACGCGUGUAAACAUUUAUAUAAAUUCCUAAUCUUGAAGAUCGAAUCCGGUCGAAAAAUUAUUUUUGGUUUUCGGUAUUUCGAUACGCAGCCAUCGCGUCCGAAGUCGCACUCUACCAGAUCAUUAUUUUGGAAUUGUCGAGCAGUCAUUAGAUAGAUCGUUCGCUCUUUAUCUUUGUAAAUCAAAACGAUUGUAGUUUCGAUCGGAGCGCGCGAUACGUGGUGUAGAGAGAAAAGUUUUAAGAUGUUCUAAGUGAGAAACGACUGAAACGACUGAGUCCGAUCUGAACGGGAAGGUCGUGUAGGCGUUCGAAGUUAGCUGAGGUCGUCGACACAUCGACGGCAAGUACAAGGAGGAGGAGGAAGAAGACGACGACGACGACGACGACGACGACGACGACGACGACGACAACGACAACGACGACAACGACAACGACGACAACGAAGCAAGUGACGAUACGCUACAAUAGCAUUUCGGCUAAUGGUUGAACCGUCGAUCCGUCAUUUGACACUCAAGUUUCCAAUGCUGCAGCCACCAUCCCCUCUCUUGGAGAUGGCGUCCUUGCGUCUACCAGACUCUGAGGAGUUCGACGUUGACACCCGUCGCAGGAGCAACAACGGCAACAUGCCGGUCACGACAGUUGCGAAUGUGCUGCCCGGUACCGGUACUUUGCUACAAAUGAGAAACGACUUUGGCGGUUAUCUUAACAAUCUAAUUACGGAAGCGAUUGCAACACCAAGUUCAUGUACUACCAUGGGAGAUCAGGUCCAUGAACUGUUCAACGCCAGCAAGACGAAUCUGUCAGCAAUUGCCGAACCAGUGCCUGAUCGGUUAUAUCGGCAUAGCAUGGCCAUGUCAGCGGUUUAUUGUGUCGCCUACGUGGUGGUCUUUGUUGUAGGUUUGAUCGGCAAUAGUUUUGUUAUUGCCGUGGUAUACCGGUCACCCCGCAUGCGGACCGUCACUAAUUUCUUUAUUGUCAAUCUUGCUGUGGCCGAUGUGCUUGUUAUCGUUUUCUGCCUGCCAGCGACUUUGAUGAGCAACAUAUUUGUUCGAUUAUUGUAAAGCACCGUGUCGAGUCUAAGCUUGAUGCGACAACCAAAGGAUUGAGACAUUUCACAAAUGUUAUCGAAGCGCAGCGUUUUAGUAAGAAGUGAUACAUAAAUACGAGAUAUGUAAGUGUAUCGAGAACUGCUGCUUGGUUGUAUACAUACAUGUGCAUGUGUCAGCAUAGAAACACCUGAGAAGUAACUCCACUCUCAAUAUACAGAGCUCUCUUUUUCUCCUUCUAUCUAAACAAGAAAGAUCUCGAUGGUUCUUAACGCGCCGAUUUUUGAUUCACUUUU